GGGUGCAGACAUGAUAUAGUUUCACAAUGGAGUUGGUAAAUUACACAAAUGAUAUCAAAGUCUUGUUUAGGUCUGAGUGAUGGCGCAAGCAGCAUUGUUUUUCAUUCACUAUUCAUGCUACUUUUUUUUCUUCACAGAUUUUUAACAUAAACAUGUCAACAUAAAAUGACACACUGUUACAACAUUAACUUGAAAGUAAGAACAAAUAACUUUAAUUAUUCUCAGGAUGAAAAGAGAGCAUAUAACCUCAUCUCCAAAAACAUGACAGCUCUAAAAGACAGAGUGCGCACGUCAUACCGUGCGUACUCGCUAGAGGCGCUCGCACUGCUCUCUGUCCCUCAGUCUGAAAGUUUCCAUGCAGGGAUGGAGUGAUUCUAUAGCGGAGGGAAGAGGGCUGAGCCUUGGAGCUGCUACGGCAACUUGAAGAGAGCAGUGGGAGGAGGACAAGAAGGAUUGAUAUAACAAGAGCGCCUGUCGAUGCGCAGCGCAAUUCUCACUCACUCCAAGUCUUUGAACCAAGACCGAUAAAGGGGAGCGGGCUUUCCAUUCAUUUCAAGCGCAGACAACUUUUCUUCCGUGGCACUAAAGCUUAACCGUUAACCAGAUAAUACUCAAGUGUUUUUAUGUUUUAUUAUUAUUAUUUUUUUGUAAAAGUGAAAUACGAGACAACGAGACAUCAGAUCUGAAACUUUACGAGACCUCCGAGUUGAGAAGUUUUGUUUCCAUUAGAAUUGCAUGACAUUUCUUUGAAGGACUUGAGAGCCUGACAGAGUUUCUUCACAUACCGCGUGGUGUGGGAUUUGGAGCUGAAACGGGGAGUUCUCAAAUGCAAAAGUACAUGUAUGAGAAAGCAAUGGCACAAGAGACAAGAAACGGAGGAACCUCUACGUUAAACAACAACAAUGGUGUUGACAACAGCAAGAAGAAACUGCUUAUAGCGCUGGACAUCUUCUGUCUUCUUCUUGCUAUGCUGCCCAGCCUGGUUCUGCAUCGUGCCUAUGUUCGUCCAUACCAGAGGGGUCUCUACUGCAGUGACUCCAGCCUGAGCUACCCCUACAAGAAAAGCACCAUACCCUCCUCGGUGCUCACUUCUGUUGGGUUGACACUGCCCGCGGUGUCCAUUGUGAUUGGAGAGUGCUACAGGAUUCAUCAGCUACAUGUUGGAACCAAGUCCUUCGUUGGGAAUCCCUACGUCGCAGCCCUGUACAAACAGGUGGGUGUGUUCAUCUUUGGCUGUGCCAUCAGCCAGUCAUUCACAGACAUUGCCAAGGUGUCGGUGGGUCGUAUGAGACCUCACUUCUUAGAUGUGUGUAAACCUGAUUUUUCCACUAUCAACUGUUCCCUGGGAUACAUCACCGAAUACACCUGUGCUGGCAAAGAUAGUGACGUACAAGAGGCCAGGAAAUCCUUCUUCUCAGGACAUGCCUCUUUUUCAAUGUAUGCCAUGCUCUACCUUGCUUUCUAUCUCCAGUCCAGGUUUACAUGGCGUGGCGCUCGUCUCCUCCGCCCGUUGCUCCAGUUCACGCUGUUGAUGAUGGCCUUUUACACCGGCCUAUCACGUGUCUCCGACCACAAGCACCACCCUACUGAUGUCCUGGCAGGCUUUGUGCAGGGAGCCCUGGUGGCCUACUGCAUAGUGUUCUACGUGUCAGACCUGUUCAAGCCGAGGGUGAAGCCGGCCACGCCCCCGCCCUCCCCAAUCAAGAAGGAACUGCUCCCUUCAUCCGACAUCAUUGAGAGGAACAACCACCAUAAUAUGGUGUGAGAGAGGCCACAACUCUUCCUGUGACUGAGGAGCCAAUCACAGUGCUGCUCACCUCCCAUCGGACAGUAGAAUGUAGCGACGAGAGACUGUAGCUGCUCCUCAAAUGGCAUCCUCCUCCCUUUUACAAUGCCCACCGAGGUGCUUUGUGGACUAGGGUGUCAGAUUUGAGAUUUGCACAGCAGAGUCCACUCUCACUAUCCAGACUUAUUAUUUACUAUUAUGUCAACUACUAAUCAACAUUUGAGCCCAGCGUUUUGAGCACAAACAGAAAAGAAUUGGAAGCUAAAAGAAAGAUGAGUUAAGAAAAUUGAUGACUUGACAGGCAGAGCUGAGGGGUGUAGAGGUUUGAUGGAAGUGUAACCACAUAAAGGGAAAACACUUGUGAAGAAAAAUGAAUGAAGAAAAGAGACAAAAAAGAAAAAAAAAAAGACAAACCCCCUGCCUAGGGAGAGAAGGAUUACCAGUGAUGCUUCCUCUCUGAACUCUCUGUGGCCUUGGAACGCCAUAGGACAACAACUUCCUUAGCUACAGGAAGGAUAUUACUGCAAUAAUUAGCAGCAUAGAAAUAUUAACAGUAUAGAAAAAUAUAACUUAUAGCACUGUUUUUAAGUCCAUUGUCCAUUAUCACCACUUGCUGCCUGAUGUGUCUAACUGAAAGAAAACUUGAUGAUGCUGACAUUCACAAGACAAAAAUAUUUACUCAGAGAAGAAGCUAGCAUAGCAUGGCUUUAAUGAAAAUAUCCCUGUAAGGAUUAUACACUGAUUUUGCUGGACCUUUACAACAGGUUUCAGAGAAGUCUCUUGGCUGUCUUGCAAACAUUUUUGACUGCUUGGCAAGACAUCAGUACCCCCACUGAGAAAUGGGGCCCUCCAAUAUCACCUCAGAUCAGCACAUCAAGCUUUUUGUAGUGGACUGUCAGUUCGGCCUAAACCCGGGAUGUUGCAUUUCUUUGGGGUUAGAUGUAGUAAAGGGGGGAUAUUUUCUGUGGAAGGAGGGAGACAGAUCUUGCAGCCUCCCAGUACCUGUAUAAGAGGUGUGGCUGUGCCAUGCCACUUCCUGGUGCUGGGGCCAUCUGUUUGGCUUCCUAUACAGGAAGGGGAUGGAUGGGCAGAGUGAAGAGGUGCAGUCUGUCACCGUAGAAAGAGGGUGAUAAUUUACAGCUAAGCUGGCACAUUAUUUUGGGAUGAUUUGGGCUCUUUCCGCUGGCAGGGAGGGGCUCUCACCCGCCCAAUCACUCAUUGGCAAUGGAUGUUUGUAUCUCAGUCUGUGUGUAUGUGUGUGUGUGUGUGUGUGUGUCCUGUACACUCUUGUGCUUGUGUGGGUACGCUUGUGCUUGUACAUGUACAUCUUGUGUUUGUGAAUAUGUGUGUGUGUACAUAUGUAUGAGCGCUGUGCCCUGUGAAAAGGAACCCCUCUUGAUAAACUAUAUGUGUGUCAAAUGAAACCCUCUCACAUACACACUGUCAGCUGUGCCAAGUGUGUGUGUGUUUGUGUGUGUGUGUGUGUGUGUGUGCCACUGUGUCAAGGAGCAAGAGAGUAGGUGAACGUUAUAAAAACUGUGGAUCUAAUAUUUUUAUUCUCUGCUAAGAUGCAUCUUUAACCUUGUAUGUUUAUAGCCUGUCUUGUAUAAUCACUAACAGUUGUACAGUACCAGAUACAGAAGCCCUUUUUAUUUACAGCCUCAGAUAUCCUCCUCCAACAACACACUCCGCCAUGUUGCACAUCUUUCUCAUCGUAUAGUCCGUCCUAUCACUUCACAAAGCCGUUUUCACUCUCUUUUUAUAAAUAUAUAAAUAAUGUAUAGAUCACUAAAAUUAACUCUGUAAGAUAUUGUUUCUUAACAUGUUUAGAUAUAUCCACUAUGAUUACAGACCUGUGUUCUUUACAAAAUGCUGCUUAAAAAGCAUCAAUUGACAGAUUUUUGUAUUUAGAUAACUAAACUAUUGUAGAUUGUAAUAGUUAAGUUUGUAAUAUGCAUUGAAAAAAAUACACACACAAUUGUAUUAAAAAUUCAAUAUUAGUAUUUUUGUAUUGUCUUGUUUUUUGUACAAAAGAAAUAGUAGCAAUGCUGUUUUUUUCUGCUAAAUGUACCUAGCUCUAAUUCAUGUGCUUUUAAAUAAAAAGCUCA